UAGGAUCAGUGACAAUGGGCCAGUCAGCUAGAGUGACAGCAACUUCUACAAAGUCACCUACAGCUAGAGUGACAGCUACUUCUAUAGAAUCAUCUACAGUAAGAGUGACGACUGAAACAUCAGCUAAAGAAACAGGAAGAACUGAACCUCUUUCUGUUGGAUCAGGCACAAGUGCCCAGUCAGCUAGAGUGACAGCAACAUCCAAUAAAGGGCCUACUAGCUCAUCAGGUGAAGAACCAGCAACAAUGGAAACAUCUUCAGUAGAAUCAGGGACAAGUGGACAGACAGCUAGAGUGACAGAGACUUCCACAGAAUCACCUGGAGUAUCAACAACAACCAUGUCAUCAACUGAAGAAACAGGAACAAGCAGAACAUCUUCAGGAGGAUCAAGAACAACUGGCCAAUCAGCUAGAUUGACAGAGACUUCCAGAGAAUCUUCUACCAUAAUAGCUACAACCAAAUCAACAGUUGAAGAGACAAGAAGAACUGAAGCACCCCCUACAGAAAGAACUGAACAAUCUCCUGUAGUCACAGCCUCCUCUUCAUCAUCAACAGAAGGAUCAUCUUCUGUAGGAUCAGUAACAAGUGAACAAACAGCUAAAGUGACAGGGACUUCUACAAAAUUAUCUGGAGUAGCAGAUACAACUUCACCAUCAGCUGAAGAACCAGAAACAACUGAAGCAUCUUCAGGAGGAUCAGUAACGAGUGGACCAACAGCUAGAGUGACAGCAGCCUCUACAAAAUCAGCUACAGUAACCCUGACAACGGCAUCAACAGCGGAAGAGACAGGAAGAACUGAACCAACCCCUGCAGGAUCAGGAACUACUGUGCCGUCUAGAGUGACAGCUACUUCCAUAAAACCAUCUACAGCUAGAGUGACAACGGCAUCAUCAGCUGAAGAAACAGGAAGAACAGGUUCACCACACUCUGCUGGAUCAGGAACAACUGUGCAAUCACCUAGAGUGACAGCGACUUCCACAGAAGGGUCAACUGCAUCAUCAGUAGUUUCAGGAACAGCUGAGCCAUACACUGUAGGAUCAGGAACAAGUGGAACAACAGCUAGAGUGACAGCAACCUCCACAGAAUCAUCUACAGUAACCCAGACUACAGCAUCAUCGGCUGAAGUAUCGGGCACAACUGCAAUAUAUACUGUAGGACCAGGGACAACUGAAGCACACACUGUAGCAUCAGGAACAAGUAGACCAACAGCUGAAGGGACAGCAAUAACUGCAUCAUCAGCUGAAAAACCAAUAACAAGCAGAACAACUUCUGUAGGAGCAAUAGAAACUGACCGAACAGCUAGCGUGCCAGGGGUUACAACAAAAUCACAUGGCAUUUCAACGUCAAGUGCUUCAUCUGCUGAACAAACAGGAACAGAGGAAACAUCUUCUCUCAGUGCAGUUACGAGUACACAAACAGCUAGGGUGACAGGGACUUCCACACAGUCAUCUACAGUAACGGCAACAACUGCAUCAUCAGCUGAAGAACCAGGAACAACUGCAAUAUAUACUGUAGGAUCAGAGACAACCACAGCCUCAGCUGGAGUGACAGCAACCUCUGCAAGAUCAUCUACAGUAACCCGGACUACAGCAUCAUCAGGUGACGAACCAGGAACAACGGCAAUAUAUACUGUAGGAUCAGAGACAACCACAGCCUCAGCUAGAGUGACAGCAACCUCUGCAAGAUCAUCUACAGUAACCCGGACUACAGCAUCAUCAGGUGACGAACCAGGAACAACGGCAAUAUAUACUGUAGGAUCAGAGACAACCACAGCCUCAGCUAGAGUGACAGCAACCUCUGCAAGAUCAUCUACAGUCACCCGGACUACAGCAUCAUCAGGUGACGAACCAGGAACAACUUCAAUACAUACUGUAGGACCAGGAACAACCACAGCCUCAGCUGGAGGGACAGCAACACCCACAAAGGGCUCUACUGCAUCUUUGUCAGAAGAUCCCAGAACAACUGAAACCUCUUCAGUAGGAUUAAGAACCACUCGCCCACCAGCUGGAGUGACAGGAACUUCCACAGAACUAUCUGGAAUAACAGACACAACUUCAUCAUCAGCUGAAGAACCAGGAACAACUGCAGCUUCUUCAGCAGGAUCAGUAACGAGUGGACCAACAGCUAGAGUGACAGUAACCUCCACAGAAUCAUCUACAGUAACCCGGACUACAGCGUCAUCGGCUGAAGAACUGGGAACAACUACAGUAUAUACUGUGGGACCAGGAAUAACUGAAGCAUACACUGUAGAAUCAGGAACAAGUGGGUCAACAGCUAGAGUGACCGCAACCACCACAAAAUCAUCUACAGUAACCCAGACUACAGCAUCAUCGGCUGAAGAACUGGGCACAACUGCUGUAUAUACUGUAGGGCCAAAAACAACUGCAGCCUCAGCUAGAGUGACAGCAACCUCUGGAAAACCAUCUACAGUCAGAGUGACAACAGCAGCAUCAGCUCAAGAAACAGGAAGAACUGAAUCACACUCUACUGGACCAGGAACAACUGUGCAAUCACCUAGAGUGACAGCAACUUCCACAGAAGGGUCACCUACAUCAUCAGUAGUUCCAGGAACAGCUGCACCAUACACUGUAGGAUCAGGAACAAGUGGAACAACAGCUAGAGUGACAGCAACCUCCAGAGAAUCAUCUACAGUAACCCUGACAACGGCAUCAACAGCGGAAGAGACAGGAAGAACUGAACCACUCCCUGCAGGAUCAGGAACUACUGUGCAGUCUAGAGUGACAGCUACUUCCAUAAAACCAUCUACAGCUAGAGUGACAACGGCAUCAUCAGCUGAAGAAACAGGAAGAACUGAACCACACUCUGCUGGAUCAGGAACAACUGUGCAGUCACCUAGAGGGACAGCCACUUCCACAGAGGGGUCAACUGCAUCAUCAGUAGUUUCAGGAACAGCUGAGCCGUACACUGUAGGAUCAGGAACAAGUGGAACAACAGCUAGAGUGACAGCAACCUCCACAGAAUCAUCUACAGUAACCCAGACUACAGCAUCAUCGGCUGAAGUAUCGGGCACAACUGCAAUAUAUACUGUAGGACCAGGAACAACUGAAGCACACACUGUAGCAUCAGGAACAAGUAGACCAACAGCUGAAGGGACAGCAAUAACUGCAUCAUCAGCUGAAAAACCAGUAACAAGCAGAACAACUUCUGUAGGAGCAAUAGAAACUGACCGAACAGCUAGCGUGCCAGGGGCUACAACAAAAUCAUAUGGCAUUUCAAGGUCAAGUGCUUCAUCUGCUGAACAAACAGGAACAGAGGAAACAUCUUCUCUCAGUGCAGUUACGAGUAUACAAACAGCUAGGGAGACAGGGACUUCCACACAGUCAUCUACAGUAACGGCAACAACUGCAUCAUCGGCUGAAGAACCAGGAACAACUGCAAUAUAUACUGUAGGAUCAGAGACAACCACAGCCUCAGCUGGAGUGACAGCAACCUCUGCAAGAUCAUCUACAGUAACCCGGACUACAGCAUCAUCGGGUGACGAACCAGGAACAACUUCAAUAUAUACUGUAGGAUCAGAGACAACCACAGCCUCAGCUAGAGUGACAGCAACCUCUGCAAGAUCAUCUACAGUAACCCGGACUACAGCAUCAUCGGGUGACGAACCAGGAACAACUUCAAUACAUACUGUAGGACCAGGAACAACCACAGCCUCAGCUGGAGGGACAGCAACACCCACAAAGGGCUCUACUGCAUCUUCGUCAGAAGAUCCCAGAACAACUGAAACCUCUUCAGUAGGAUUAAGAACCACUCGCCCACCAGCUGGAGUGACAGGAACUUCCACAGAACUAUCUGGAAUAACAGACACAACUUCAUCAUCAGCUGAAGAACCAGGAACAACUGCAGCUUCUUCAGCAGGAUCAGUAACGAGUGGACCAACAGCUAGAGUGACAGUAACCUCCACAGAAUCAUCUACAGUAACCCGGACUACAGCGUCAUCGGCUGAAGAACUGGGAACAACUACAGUAUAUACUGUGGGACCAGGAAUAACUGAAGCAUACACUGUAGAAUCAGGAACAAGUGGGUCAACAGCUAGAGUGACUGCAACCACCACAAAAUCAUCUACAGUAACCCAGACUACAGCAUCAUCGGCUGAAGAACUGGGCACAACUGCUGUAUAUACUGUAGGGCCAAAAACAACUGCAGCCUCAGCUAGAGUGACAGCAACCUCUGGAAAACCAUCUACAGUCAGAGUGACAACAGCAGCAUCAGCUCAAGAAACAGGAAGAACUGAAUCACACUCUACUGGACCAGGAACAACUGUGCAAUCACCUAGAGUGACAGCAACUUCCACAGAAGGGUCACCUACAUCAUCAGUAGUUCCAGGAACAGCUGCACCAUACACUGUAGGAUCAGGAACAAGUGGAACAACAGCUAGAGUGACAGCAGCCUCUACAAAAUCAGCUACAGUAACCCUGACAACGGCAUCAACAGCGGAAGAGACAGGAAGAACUGAACCACCCCCUGCAGGAUCAGGAACUACUGUGCCGUCUAGAGUGACAGCUACUUCCAUAAAACCAUCUACAGCUAGAGUGACAACGGCAUCAUCAGCUGAAGAAACAGGAAGAACUUCACCACACUCUGCUGGAUCAGGAACAACUGUGCAAUCACCUAGAGUGACAGCGACUUCCACAGAAGGGUCAACUGCAUCAUCAGUAGUUUCAGGAACAGCUGAGCCAUACACUGUAGGAUCAGGAACAAGUGGAACAACAGCUAGAGUGACAGCAACCUCCACAGAAUCAUCUACAGUAACCCAGACUACAGCAUCAUCGGCUGAAGUAUCAGGCACAACUGCAAUAUAUACUGUAGGACCAGGGACAACUGAAGCACACACUGUAGCAUCAGGAACAAGUAGACCAACAGCUGAAGGGACAGCAAUAACUGCAUCAUCAGCUGAAAAACCAAUAACAAGCAGAACAACUUCUGUCGGAGCAAUAGAAACUGACCGAACAGCUAGCGUGCCAGGGGCUACAACAAAAUCACAUGGCAUUUCAAGGUCCAGUGCUUCAUCUGCUGAACAAACAGGAACAGAGGAAACAUCUUCUCUCAGUGCAGUUACGAGUACACAAACAGCUAGGGUGACAGGGACUUCCACACAGUCAUCUACAGUAAUGGUAACAACUGCAUCAUCAGCUGAAGAACCAGGAACAACUGCAAUAUAUACUGUAGGAUCAGAGACAACCACAGCCUCAGCUGGAGUGACAGCAACCUCUGCAAGAUCAUCUACAGUAACCCGGACUACAGCAUCAUCGGGUGACGAACCAGGAACAACUGCAAUAUAUACUGUAGGAUCAGAGACAACCACAGCCUCAGCUGGAGUGACAGCAACCUCUGCAAGAUCAUCUACAGUAACCCGGACUACAGCAUCAUCAGGUGACGAACCAAGAACAACUUCCAUACAUACUGUAGGACCAGUAACAACUACAGCCUCAGCUGGAGGGACAACAACCUCUGUGAAACCAUCUACAGUUAGAGUGACAACUGAACCACCAUCUGAGAGUCAAGGAACUACUGAAAUGUCUUCUUUAGGGUCAGUAAUGAGUGGACAAACAGCUAGAGUGACAGAGAUUCCCAUGAAGCCAUCUACAGUGGUAGGGACAACUGAAUCUUUAGCCACAGAAGCCGGAAGAACUGAAGCACUUUCUGUAGCAUCAGAAACAACUGUUCGAUCAGCUUCUGUGACAGCAGUGUCCACCAAAUCUUCUGGAGUGACUGUAAUAACUGCAUCUUCAGCUGCAGAACCAGCAACCACUGAACCAUCUUCUGUAGCAUCAGGAACAAGUGAACAACCUCCUACAGUGACAGGAACCUCCACAGUAUCAUCUGGAGUAACAGCAACCACUCGCUCUUCAGCUGAGGAACCAGCUACAGCUGAACCAAGUUCUGUAGGAGUGGGAACAAGUGGUCAGUCAGCCAGAGUGACAGGGAAUUCAGGACAGUCAUCUGUAGUAACAGUGACUAGGACACCAUUGGCUGAACAACCCACAACAACUGUUCCAUCUUCUGUAGGAGCAGGAACAAGUAGCCCAUCAGCUUUUGUGACAGCAACUUGGAGACAGUCGUCUGGAGUAACAGCAACAACCACAUCAUCACCUGAAGAACGAGGAUCGACUCAAUCAAGAAGGAGUGAACAGUCCACUACCGUGAUGAGGACAAGCAGAUCGUCAGUUUCAUUGUCGGGGACCAGUGGGCCAUCAACUGUCAGAGCAGAGACAGUCGGACCAUUUCCUGGUGCAACCACUCAGGCAGGAAGUACUGCUGGAACAGCAGGCUCCUCGGCAGGUGGCCCUGGCUCCACAGCUGCCCGGCAGAGUGUCCCUCCACUGCCACCAAAGCCUGGAGCAACAGGUACCACCAGGCCGGUCCCUGGCACAACACUUGGCCCAGGAAGCUCCCCCACAGGAACUUCUGGUGGGGUCUCAAGCGAAACUCUUGAACCUGGGAGUUACACUACAGAGGCCACAACUGCCGCCGGGACCACGGGAACGGGGCCGCCAGCAGGCACCACCGUCACCUCUCCCAAAGUUACCAGCAGUUCAGGAGUGUCCAGCACAGCCACCACCUCCACAGAAGGCGUGGGCUCCACCAGGGCUGGGUUCAGCACAGAGGCCACAACUACUGCAGGCGGAAAUGGAACACCUGGAGCAGCAACAGCUACCCCUGGCGCCGUCUCUGGGAAGACGGAAGCCGCUGACAGCUAUAGCACAGGUGAGCGUGGAGGUCGGAGGGAGUUCUCCGCCGUGGCUCCUGAGCUGAGUGGCCCUCAGGAGACAUCACACGCGCCUUUCUUUGCUCUCAGAGGCUGUGAGUUCUGCAGCGAGGGAAGGAACCAGCAGCACAGAGGGGCCGGCAGGUGA